AUGGCUCCGAAACACCAGGGACUGACGCGAGCACUGCUCAGCACGAUCCUAUUUCUCCAGCCUGUGCUGUCAGUGCCAGGAACAGGAACACUGCUACCACGAGCAUCGCCAUCCUCGUCGGUAUCUAAAUCUACGCCGACCCCGUCGGUAUCAAUGUCAACCCUAGCCACCGCAACAACUUGCAACGGCCACUCAGAGUAUUGCACGAGAUCCUACUCAAACAUCACCUUCGUCGGCUCGCACGACUCACCCUUCGUCGGACCCCUCCCCCAACAAAACCAGAAUAUCGACGUAACAGCCCAGCUGGACAUGGGGAUCCGAUACCUACAAGCACAAACACACCAUUCAGUCUUCGACAAGAAGACCCUCGAGCUUUGCCAUACCUCUUGUUUCCUCGAAGAUGCAGGAACACUCAAAUCAUUCCUGGAAACAGUGAAAAAGUGGCUAGACGCAAACCCAAACGAAGUCGUCACGCUCCUCCUAACAAACGGAGACUCAGUAGCGAUCAGCGAGUUCGGCGAUACAUUCUCUAGCAGCGGUAUCAACAACUAUGCAUACACCCCCUCCGCAAACCCGCUCUCGAUAUCUGACUGGCCAACACUGGGAGAAUUGAUUUCAAGCGGCAAGAGACUAGUAGUGUUCCUGGACUACGGCGCCGAUACAUCCAAGGUAAACUACAUCCUCGACGAAUUCAGCUACUACUUCGAAACCCCCUACGACGUAACAGACUCGACCUUCUCGAGCUGUAAAAUCGACCGACCAUCCGGCGCCUCGGCUACAGGCCGCAUGUAUGUCGUCAACCAUUUCCUGGAUGUCGAUAUUCUGGGCGUGUUGAUUCCGGACCGUGAUAAGGCUGAUGCUACCAAUGCCGCUACGGGUGAGGGUAGUAUUGGUGCGCAGGCGACUUUGUGUGAGGGGUUGUAUAAUCGUGCGCCGCAUGUGCUUUUGGCGGAUUUUGUGGAUAAGGGGGAUGUUAUUUUAGCGCAGAAUGCUUUGAAUGGGUUUUAG